AUGGAAAUAGUCGAGAAGGAGAAAAGAAGAGAGGAGACAGAGAAAGAACUUAACCUUAGAGUGAUUGAGCUGGGAAACUUAAUGAAAGUAUUCAGGGAAAAGGUAGACAGCCUUGAAAAAACAGUGAAUUCACUGGAGACCAAGGUAGUAGAUUAUAUACAGGACCUAACCAAGGCAAGAGGUGAAAUUGAUAUUUAG